CGCCACUCAGUGGGGCUUAAAGAACAGUCAGGUGUAGAGUCUCUCUUUCUCUCUGUCUCCAUCUCUCUCUGUCUCUCUCUGUCUUUCUCUAUCUCUCUGUCUGUUUCCUUUCUUGCACUCUCUCCUUCUGUCUCUCCUCCCUCUGUCUCUCACCCUCACACACUCAAGAAACAGAGGGCUCUAUAUCAUCUCUCCUCUGCCUGGAACAGCACAGGGUUCCUUAUGCCUUUACAGAAAAAGACCCUGAAGGAAGUUUGGACCGCAAACGAUGCUGAUAAGGACAACUCCACUCCACUGCAGAAGCCCAGGAAAAAGAAGCAGGACCUAGUCGUGACCCUGACCAAUGGUUCUGAGGCCAAACCCAAAAAGACCAAGAGCAAAAAGAGCGAGGACCCCUCUGGAGAGGAGGAGAGCGCACCCGCACAGAAUGGAAAGACGGUGAAAAAAAAGAAAGCGGAAAAGGAAAAGGAAGAAUCGGGGACAAAGGCCGAGCCAAAGAAGAAGACAAAAAGUGCUCCAAAGAAGAAAAAGAAUUCAGAUGAUGAGGAUGACAACGAUGACGAAGAGGACGAAACUCCCCAAAAGAAGACAAAGAAGAAGACCUCAAAGGACAGCACAACAACAGACACCAAAGACAAGAAGUCUAAAUCCAAAGAGGACAAAAGUGAAUCAUCAGAUGGAAAAGGAAAAUCAUCUAAACCCAAAAAGAAGGAGCCGGCCUCUCUGUUCAUCAUAAACGGGGAAAAGCCAGAGAAAAGCAAGAAGAAAGCGUCCAAAUCUGAGAGCGAGGAGAGCGAACCGGAGACCAAGUCCAGCAAGACGAAGAAGAAGAGCAAUGCUGACCCGGCCUCCAUGUUCCAGGCCGGAGCAGAGAAGGACAAGGAGAAGGACAAAGAGAAAGACAAAGAGAAGGACAAAGAAAAAGAAAAAGAAAAAGACAAAGAUAAAGACAAGAAAAUGAAAAAGAAAGGAUCUUCAAAGGCCGAAGAGAGUGAUGAAGAUGAUGACUCAGAAGUGAAGAAGAAAAAGGGGAAAGGGAAGAAGGGAAAGAAGGAGGAGAGGGCCCCCUCGCCCGUGAUCGAGUUCAACAGCCUGGAGGAGUUUGUGCUGCAGCCGGCCCAGCAGGGCGUCACGGUCAAGUGCAAAGUUACCCGGGACAAGCGAGGGAUGGACCGCGGCCUCUACCCCACCUACUUCCUGCACCUGGACAACGAGAAGAAGGUCUUUCUUCUGGCUGGCAGGAAGCGAAAGAAGAGCACUACCUCUAACUACCUGAUUUCCAUAGAUCCCACAGACAUGUCUAGAGGUGGAGAGAAUUUCAUUGGAAAAUUAAGGUCGAAUCUGAUGGGCACCAGGUUCACCGUGUUCGACAACGCGCUGAACCCAGACCGGGCUCUGCCCGACAUGUCCAACGCCCGCCAGGAGCUCGCCGCCAUCAUUUACGAGACCAACGUCCUGGGGAUGAAGGGCCCGAGGCGGAUGACGGUGCUGAUCCCGGGGAUGAGCGAGGACAGCGAGCGCGUGCCGAUCCGACCGCGCAACGACACCGACGGCCUGCUGACCCGCUACCAGAACCGCAAGACGGAGAACCUGAUCGAGCUGCACAACAAGACGCCCGUCUGGAAUGAGGAGACCGCCUCCCACGUGCUCAACUUCGCCGGGCGCGUCACCCAGGCCUCCAUCAAGAACUUCCAGAUCGUCCACAGCAAAGACGAGGACUACAUCGUGAUGCAGUUCGGGCGCGUGGCGGACGACGCCUUCACGCUGGACUACAGCUACCCGCUGUGUGCGGUGCAAGCCUUUGCCAUCGCCCUGUCCAGCUUCGACGGAAAAUUAGCCUGCGAGUGAAGGAGUGGCGACCGACCCGCGGACGUGGGGCGUCUCUGAGAUACACGCCUGGCACACAGGCAGGGAUGCAUAAACCCCCAUGGCGAACCCUCCUCCUUCAGCCAGCCGCAGGAAGUGAGGCGAAACCACCUCCACUGCCAGGACUGGCCUGUUAUCUACGCUAAAAGAGACUGCCAUCCAGACCUGCCCUCAACAAUGUGCGGUUUCAGUGUCACCAGGGUUUCAAAUAAAUCUUUCCUGGCUACUUUAAUUAGCAUCAGUUUUACUUUCUCCGGCCGUUUCCCGGAAGAGAGGCUCAAUGUGGGAUGUGAAGGAUAAUCCGAAGGGAAUUCUGGGAUUUGGAGUCAAAAAAAAAGGCUUAUGCCUGUGGAAGAUCUGCAGGGGGAAACGCAGAUGGUUUGGUCCACUGCAAAAGCAGCAAAAACUGUUUCUGCUGGGCGCCCUCUGCUGUUCAUGCGUGGAGUUGCAUUUCUGCUUUCCUCAUAUAGCAAUAUUCACGCAUAUGUUCAGGAUUAAAACCUCAUGGUUUUUGUACUGAUGUUUAAAUGAAAACAACUCAGGAUAAUAUAUAUGUAUAACCUAUUUAUUAUAAUGAUUUAAUUAUACACCAAAUUUGUAUAUCUGGAGACAAUCUGGAGAAAUUAUAUCAUAUCUAGAUACUGACACACUGCCCGAAUUCUCUGUCCCCAAAUGCAUUGGCAAGAUCCUUUGCCUGGCAAUUUGAAUAAAUUCAGGAAAAUGAAGUUUCCAUUGAGUAGCUUCAGAUAUGCAUUAGUUAGACAGUGCUCUGUUUCUCAGAACAAUAGUGCAACAUUUAGAUUUUCAAAAUAAUACACAAAUACAUAUUGUUGUGCAUCUCUAUAUAAAUUUGUGGAGUUUGUAUGUUUGUUUGGUGACAAUGUUUUUGUUUGUGAAAUACAUGAAAAUGUAUCGUGGCUGCAGUUGAAAUGGUCAUCCUUGUGAAUCUAUCAUUCAUUGCUUUUUGUUAUGGAGAUCAUUUGUUGUAAAAAAUGUUUUAGUGAAAACAAA